UUCUCUCAUUUUCGCUCUGUUCCAACUAGCAACUCCACUUCCUUCUCUGCCCGGCAAAGAACGCCUUCUCGCCGCCGGCGAUGGAUACCUUCGUCGCCGGCGAAAUUGCCACCGAACUCGUGAAGGAACUCAUCGAAGUAGUUCGCCGCGUCUACCUGUGCCGUCAAAGCGCCGAACAACUCCGCCGCUCCGUCGAAUCCCUCCUCCCCAUCAUCACGGAGAUCCGCUUCUCCGGCGUCGAACACUCCCAACCCAUCCAAAAGCAAAUCUCGGAUCUCCUCCAACUACUCCACCUCGGCCUCGAUCUCGCUCGCAAAGUUGCAGCAUCCAGCCGCUUCAACGUUUACCGCAGCCUUCAACUUGCCCGCAAAAUGGAUAAGGUGGAGAGGGAGAUUAACCGUUGGAUUCAGAGGCAGAUUCCGGUGCAUAUACUCGCCGAUGUUCAUCACAUGAGGGUUGAAUCGUCUGUGAGAUUUGAUCGGUUGGAAAGGAAGGUGGAAGACGCGGUGGCAGUGGGGGUCGGGGAAGGAAGAAUUAGGGUUUUGGAGAUGAUCGAUGGGUUAGGGUUUGUGGGAGAGAGGGAAGGUGACGUGGUGGGGGUCGGAGUGAGGGUCGGCAGGGAAAAGGUUAAAGAUAUGUUGAUGAAUGCGGGUGGAGGAGAAGUUGUGGGAAUUUGUGGGAUUGGAGGGAGUGGGAAGACGACAAUGGCGAGAGAGAUAUGUAAAGAUACUCAGAUUCGAAAUUAUUUUGGCGAGAGAAUUUUCUUUGAGACAGUCUCACAGUUCCCAAAUUUAGAGACUUUGAAACUGAAACUUUGGGAGCAGAUUGGUGGAAGUAUGGUUCUUGGUCUGUACAAACAGAUACCUCAAUGGCAGAUGGAUUUGAAACCAAGAUUUAAGCAGCCAACUCUUGUCGUGUUAGAUGAUGUGUGGUCACAAACCGAGCUCGAAGAACUGGUUUUUCGAGCACCUGGUUGCAAGACCCUUGUGGUGUCGAGGGUCAAGUUCCCUACAAUCAUCAGCAGCACAUAUGAAUUGGAGUUACUUUCAGAAGAUGAAUCUCUCUCCCUUUUCUGCAGCUCAGCUUUUGGUCAGGAUUCAAUUCCACCCACUGCUGAUAAGAAUCUGGUGAAGCAGGUGGUGGCUGAAUGCAAAGGGCUUCCUUUGGCUCUUAAAGUGAUUGGAGCUUCUUUGAGAGAUCAGCCUCCAAAGAUCUGGGUGAGUGCGAAGAACAGACUCUCCAGGGGAGAAACUAUAUCAGAAUCUCAUGAGAUAAAGCUUCUGGAAAGAAUGGCUACGAGCAUUGAAUGCUUAUCAGGAAAGGUUAAGGAUUGUUUUCUGGAUUUGGGAUCAUUUCCUGAAGAUAAAAAGAUCCCUUUGGAUGUUCUGAUCAAUUUAUGGAUGGAUUUACAUGAUCUCUAUGAGGAAGAUGCCUUCGCUAUACUCGUUGAACUUUCGAACAGGAGUCUUCUUACUCUGGUGAAGGAUACACAGAACAGGGCAGGAGAUAUAUAUAGCAGUUACUGUGAGCUCUCCAUUACCCAGCAUGAUAUUUUGAGAGAUUUGGCGCUUUAUAUGAACAAUCGUGAGCCUUUGAAGAGCCGAAGGAGAUUGAUCAUGCCGAAAAGAGAAGCUAGACUCCCAAAGGAUUGGGAGAGGAAUCAUGAUCAGCCAUUUGAAGCGCAAAUUGUUUCAAUCCAUACAGGUGAAAUGAGAGAAUCUGACUGGCCACCCAUAAAAUGCCCCAAGGCUGAGGUUCUCAUGAUAAACCUUGCAGCAGAAGCCUAUUUCCUGCCUCCCUUUGUAAACACCAUGCCAAACCUCAAGUCACUGAUUCUGAUCAACUACGGCUCAUCGAGCGUCGUCCUCGGAAACAUAUUCACCUUCACCUCAUUAAACAAUUUGCAGAGCCUCUGGUUCGAGAAGAUAACUGUUCCGCCUUUACCCCGCACUACUAUCCCUCUACAGAACCUAAGGAAGAUCUCCCUUGUCCUCUGUGAUCUCAGAAACAUUCUCAAAAAAGACUCCAAAACUGACCUCAGAACCAUUUUUCCCAAUCUCUCUCAUGUCUCAAUAGAUCACUCCAUGGAUCUUCCUGAGCUCCCCUCCACUAUCUGUGAUAUGAGGUCUCUUGAGAACAUGAGCAUUUCAAACUGCCAUGACUUGCAGGAACUUCCGGCCGAAAUCGGAAGACUGGAAUCCCUUCAAAUCCUGAGGGUUUAUGCAUGCCCUGCAUUGAAGAAGCUUCCUGAGUCCAUCUGCAGGCUGAAGAACUUGAAGUAUUUGGAUAUCUCUCAGUGUGUUAACCUUAAAGACCUUCCAGAUGAGUUUGGGAACUUGAGUGGCUUGGAGAAGAUUGACAUGAGGGAAUGCUUGCAGUUGAGGAAGAUACCGAGGUCGUUUGUGCUGCGGAAUUCAUCACUUCAUGUGGUGUGUGAUGAGGACAUGGCGUUGCUGUGGAAGGAGAGGGGAAGAGAGCUGCCGGAGCUGAAGGUUCAGGUGGUUGAAGAAUGCUUCAAUUUGGAUUGGCUUGUGGAGUGAGGUUUGGAUGUUGUGUUUGUCUGUGUGUUGGUGUAUGUAUAUGUGUUGUUAUGGUAUGUUAGUCUGAUGGAGAGUUGUUAACAUUUGUUCUAAUGGAGAGUAUAGGCGAAGGAUUCAAAAUGCUUUGCUUUUGAAGAGCAAGGAAAAGGGGAAUCAAUUGCAUGGACAUGAGAGAAUUUUUAUCAAAGCAUUUGAUAGGUAAUGCAUAGGAGGUUGUUUUAUAAUUAGUUGAGAGUUAAAAUUGGUGAAUAACUUCUAUCA